GGUUUGCAUUUCCCUGAUGGUUACUCACUAUAAACAGUACCCACCCAAUACAAGCAAAGUUUAUUCCUACUUUGAAUGCCGUGAAAAGAAGACAGAAAACUCCAAAAUAAAGAAAGUUAAAUACGAGGAAACAGUAUUUUACGGGUUGCAGUACAUUCUUAAUAAGUACUUAAAAGGUAAAGUAGUGACCAAAGAGAAGAUCCAGGAAGCCAAAGAGGUGUAUAGAGAGCAUUUCCAGGAUGAUGUCUUUAAUGAAAAGGGAUGGAACUACAUUCUUGAGAAAUAUGAUGGGCAUCUUCCAAUAGAAAUAAAAGCUGUUCCUGAGGGCUAUGUCAUUCCCCGAGGAAAUGUUCUCUUCACAGUGGAAAACACAGAUCCAGAGUGUUACUGGCUUACAAAUUGGAUUGAGACUAUUCUUGUUCAGUCCUGGUAUCCAAUCACAGUGGCCACAAAUUCUAGAGAGCAGAAGAAAAUAUUGGCCAAGUAUUUGCUGGAGACAUCUGGUAACUUAAAUGGUCUGGAAUACAAGUUACAUGAUUUUGGCUACAGAGGAGUUUCUUCCCAAGAGACUGCUGGCAUAGGAGCGUCUGCUCAUUUGGUUAACUUCAAAGGAACAGAUACAGUAGCAGGAAUUGCUUUUGUUAAAAAAUACUAUGGAACGAAAGAUCCUGUUCCAGGCUAUUCUGUUCCAGCAGCAGAACACAGUACCAUAACGGCUUGGGGGAAAGACCGUGAAAAAGAUGCUUUUGAACAUAUAGUAACACAAUUUUCAUCAGUGCCUGUAUCUGUGGUCAGCGAUAGCUAUGACAUUUACAACGCAUGUGAAAAAAUAUGGGGUGAAGACCUAAGACAUUUAAUACUGUCAAGAAGUACAGAGGCACCACUAAUAAUCAGACCUGAUUCUGGAAAUCCUCUGGACACUGUAUUAAAGGUUUUGGAUAUUUUGGGUAAGAAGUUCCCUGUUACUGAGAACUCAAAGGGCUACAAGUUGCUGCCACCUUAUCUUAGAAUUAUUCAAGGGGACGGAGUAGAUAUUAAUACCUUACAAGAGAUUGUAGAAGGCAUGAAGCAAAAAAAAUGGAGUAUUGAAAACAUAGCCUUCGGUUCUGGUGGAGCUUUGCUACAGAAGUUAACAAGAGAUCUCCUGAAUUGUUCCUUCAAGUGUAGUUACGUUGUAACCAAUGGCCUUGGGAUUAAUGUCUUCAAGGACCCAGUUGCUGAUCCCAACAAAAGAUCCAAAAAGGGUCGAUUAUCUUUACAUAGGACACCAGCAGGGAAUUUUGUUACAGUUGAGGAAGGAAAAGGAGACCUUGAGGAAUACGGUCAUGAUCUUCUCCAUACGGUCUUCAAGAAUGGGAAGGUGACGAAAAGCUAUUCAUUUGAUGAAAUAAGAAAAAACGCAGAGCUGAAUAUCGAACUGGAAGUAGCACCUCAUUAGGCUUUAUGACCGCGUGUGUGUAUGUGUGUGUACGUGCAUGCAUGCACCUGCACACCUGCGUGUAUGUAAUGUUUAUUGUACAGAUGUGUGGGGGUUCCUUGUGUUUUAUGAUACAUUACAGCCAAAUUAUUUGUUGGUUUAUGGACAUACUGCCCUUUCUUUUUUUUUUUUUUUUCCAGUGUUUAGGUGAUCUCAAAUUAGGAAAUGCACUUAACCAUGUAAAAGAUUAAUGCUAAAGUAAGCUUUUUAGGGCCCUUUGCCAAUAGAUAGUAAUUCAAUCUGGUAUCGAUCUUUUCACAAAUAACAGAACCCAGAAACUUUUAUAUAUAACUGAAGAUCACAUAAAACAGAUUUGCAUAAAAUUAUCAUUGCUUUAUGUUUAUAUUUAACUUGUAUUUUUGUACAAACAAGAUUGUGUAAGAUAUAUUUAAAGUUUCCGUGAUUUAACAGUCUUUCCAACUUUUCAUGAUUUUUAUGAGCACAGACUUUCAAGAAAAUACUUGAAGAUAAAUUACAUUGCCUUUUGUCCAUUAAUCAGCAAAUAAAACAUGGCCUUAACAGAGUUGUUUGUGUUAUUGUACAAUCUGAAAAUUAUGUCGGGACAUACCCUAUAGAAGUACUAACCUCACUGCCCCUUGUAGAAUAUGUAUUAAUCAUUCUACAUUAAAGAAAAUAAUGGUUCUUACUGGAAUGUCUAGGCACUGUACAGUGAUUAUACGUUGGUCAUUGUAUUGUACCAGUGAAAUGCCAAAUCUGAAGGCCUGUACUGCAAUUUUAUAUGUCAGAUAUUGCCUGUGGCUCUAACAUGCACCUCAAGAUUUUAAGGAGAUGUUUUUAGAGAGAAUUUCUGCUUCCACUAUAGAAUAUAUACAUAAAUGUAAAAUAUUAACAAAAGUGGAAGUAGUGUAUUUUAAAGUAAUUACACUUCUGAAUUUAUUUUUCCUAUUCUAUAGUUGAUAUGACUUAAAUGAAUUACUGGAAUGGGUAGUGAGUGUACUUAUUUUAAAUGUUUUGAUUCUGUUAUAUUUUUCAUUUUUUCAAAAAUUAAAUUGGAUAUUAAAUUGUA